UUCUCGGGUGUGGCGGGCCGAGGGGCGGAGCAGGGCGUUCUCCUUUCUCCGGGGCAGAACACGCACGCACACAUAUGCACACAUUCAUACACGCGCGCGCGUUCACACACAGGGGCACAGGCACCAGCCUGGCUGGACUCAGCCGCGCCCCCACCCCGCCGAGCUAGAUCAGCACACCGGAGAGCGCCAUCCGCCCACGUGCUGGGGGCGGGGUCCCGGCAGCCCACCACUCGGCGCUUUCAGGAGGGUCCUAUCCAGCCACCUAGCAGGAGUGGGGGGAUAGGGUACUUGGGUACCUCUGCAGGAAACACCGCAGGAACCCGACGCCAUGUUCCCGGAGCCCCCUACCCCUGGCUCUCCUUCGCCUGAGACACCUCCAGACUCCAGCCGCAUCAGGCAGGGUGCAGUGCCUGCCUGGGUCCUGGCCACCAUCGUACUGGGCUCAGGCCUCCUGAUCUUCAGCAGCUGUUUCUGUCUCUACCGGAAGCGCUGUCGGAGACGGAUGGGCAAGAAGAGCCAGGCCCAAGCCCAAGUCCACCUUCAGGAAGUGAAAGAGCUGGGCCGGAGUUACAUAGAUAAGGUUCAGCCUGAAAUAGAGGAGCUGGAUCCCUCACCAUCCAUGCCAGGCCAGCAGGUACCAGACAAGCACCAGCUAGGACGACUGCAGUAUUCAUUGGAUUAUGACUUCCAGACGGGUCAGCUCCUGGUGGGCAUCCUGCAAGCUGAAGGGCUGGCGGCGUUGGACCUAGGAGGUUCUUCAGACCCCUAUGUUAGCGUCUAUCUGCUGCCAGACAAGCGGAGGCGACAUGAGACCAAGGUGCAUCGGCAGACCCUGAAUCCACACUUUGAGGAAACCUUUGCCUUCAAGGUGCCGUAUGUGGAACUGGGAGGCAGAGUGCUGGUCAUGGCAGUAUACGAUUUCGAUCGCUUCUCCCGCAAUGAUGCCAUUGGGGAGGUGCGGGUGCCCAUGAGUUCAGUGAACCUGGGCCGGCCGGUGCAGGCCUGGAGAGAGCUGCAGACGGCUCCCAAAGAGGAGCAGGAGAAACUGGGGGACAUCUGCUUCUCUCUCCGCUAUGUCCCCACGGCCGGAAAACUGACCGUCAUUGUUCUGGAAGCUAAAAACCUGAAGAAGAUGGAUGUAGGAGGACUCUCAGAUCCCUAUGUGAAGGUGCACCUGCUUCAGGGAGGCAAAAAGGUUCGGAAGAAGAAAACCACCAUUAAGAAGAACACCCUGAACCCCUAUUAUAACGAGGCCUUCAGCUUCGAGGUGCCCUGUGACCAAGUGCAGAAAGUCCAGGUGGAGCUGACUGUAUUGGACUAUGACAAGCUGGGAAAGAAUGAGGCCAUCGGGAGAGUGGCAGUGGGUGCAGCCGUUGGUGGGGCUGGCCUACGGCACUGGGCUGACAUGUUGGCCAACCCCAGGCGGCCCAUUGCCCAGUGGCACUCGCUGCGGCCCCCUGACCGAUCCAGGCCAAUGGUUGCGCCCUGAUCCCUAUAUCAGGAAAGCACCAGACCAGAUCCCUCGCUCCCAGCCCCUACACUUCUCCCCACAAGCCUCUCCAGACAUUGCAUCUGUUCCUACCUCCACACAGGAAAUAUUUCUAACUUCCAGCACCACUCCCAUGCCCCGAAACCACAGUGAUCCUGCAGGGAGGUGGUUAAGUCUGGCAUCCCCUGCCCCAGGAUCCUACCCUCUGCUUUGACAAUCAGCUGCGAGGCCUGUUAUCUCCUUUCUCCCAGUCUCUUAGCUCUUCCCACACAGCUUAACCCCUGUGCACUGCUCCUGGGGCCAAAUAAAUACUCAGCAGCUUGG